AUGAAUAGACAAUUCUAGCAGAACUGUCCAUUUAGAUAACAAUACGCAGGACAGUAUGAUUUCUUAACAAAGUCUGAAAAUACUUUAUGUAAAGGGAAAGUUAAACUAAUUUAACAAUCACCUUCAUUUGCAGAUUAUGUGAAUGCUUUGAAAGAUUAAGGUUAAAAAAAGAAUCAUCGUCAUAACACUGAAACAAUAUAGAAAUGUCCUAUUCUUCCUAAGAUUGAAGUUGUCUUACCAGAUCUUUAGACAAUGAAAUCACAUUUCGUUUUAAGCCUCAAUAAAAGCACUACACAUUCAUAUCAUUCAUAAAGCUAUAUAUAGCAUUCUAAUUCAUAAACUCCUAGAUCAAGAAUAGGAAUUCCUACUUCGAUUACUAGAAGAUCUUUACCACCACAAAAAUAAACAAAACUAUCUACAAUUACACCUAAGAGUUCUUUAUGCAUCAAAUCUAACUUUGAUGAAGAUGAUGGAAUCUUUCUUACUAAAAUUGGUGGUGAAGAAGUCAUACAAGAAAUAGCCAGAUUAUUUCAUCAGCAUUCUCAAAUUCAUCCCAUAAUUUAGAGUAAACUAUUCCUAUAUAUGUGAGAAAUUGAUGAUCCAGCUAUGUAUGAAUCGAAAUUCGGAACAUUUCUCGAGUAUAUCAUGGGGAAACCAGUAUUUUUUAACAUUGAAGCGCUAAAAUAAAAACAUAUCCCCUUAAAAAUUGAUCAUGCAUUAUACAAUCAAUUUAAGAGCUACUUAAUUGUAAAUAAUCAAUUAUAAUAAGAAAGAGUAGUUUUAUUCAAAGUAAUAAAGGACCUCCUGAAUUAAUAUUUGAAUUCAGUGCACUUAUUGAAUAAUAUAAAUACUGUAUUAUAACAUCAGAAUAAACUUUUGCUUAGAUUUAUAAUCAAAGGACUGAAAAUAAUAAAGAUGAAACUCCUUAAAGUAUUGUACAUUUAGCAGAUCUUACUUAUUAAAAGAUAUUAGAUGAUUAAACUCUUUGUGAAUAUUUUGUAGGCAUUUAAAUGGAUGAAUAAGCUAAAAAACUAGGUAUUAUAUUGCAUUAAAUGAUGGGUUGGAAUUGUGGUGUUGAUUAUGUAUUGAAUUAUUUAAGAAAAUCCCAUUAAAGAAUGAAUUUAACAAAUGUUCAUUUUACUUUAUUUAAAUAACAUUUGGUUGAAGCUAUGAAAGAACUUGGAUUAAAAGAAAGUUAAAUAGAAUUAAUAACAAAAAGAAUGGAUGGUUAUAGAAGUUGUAUAGUAAAUCAAGAUUGCUUAUUGGAUUUUUAUUUCUAAUCUCCAACUUUAUUUAAAGUCUAAGUUAAGAAAUAUGAAGUAUUUUUAUAAAGAGAUCCUCGAUUUCGAAAUUUUCCAAAUGUGCCUACUCUAUUAAGACAUGCACAUUUUUUACUAAAAUUUAUAACUCAUUAACAUUAACCACUUUUAACAAAAAUUGAUCUCACUACUUUACAUAAAAAUUGUGUUAUUCAAAAUGAAUGGUUAGAUGGUUUCAGAGAUAACUUUUUUAUAUUAAUUAAAAAUUAUAAUUUAGAUAGAUUGAUUUUAUAGGAUUAUGCUGAUUUAUGGUUUUAAUUAAGGUUCAUUGUUACAAAUUAAUAAAGUAUUGAAAGUAUAAUUGGACCAUAAGGAUUAGAUCAAGUUUAAUUCAAAGUUUAAUUAAAUCUUUAAGAUAAUGAAAUAUAUAGUGAUCAUUUUAGAAAUGCUGAAUACUAAUUAAAAUCUCAUGUGAAAAAGAUUGUUGGAUUUAUAUUUAGAAAUUCAUCAAUUUAUAAGGCAAAUGAUUUAAGAGUUAUUCAUAGCCCAUUAAAAAUUAGUGAAUAAACUUUUAAUUUAUUUGUAUAAUUAAUCAAAUAAGUUAUGCAAGAAGAAAAAUUGUGUGCCAAUUUAAUUCUUUUUGCUGAUUAGAUUUGUUAGUAUUAUAGAAGUAGCAUUUGCAAUUUGUGA